AAACAACAGAUAAGUCAGGGAGGGGACAGAGCGGCUCUGGGCACGCCUCAGAGAGGAGUGAGGCGCUGGUGGGCUGGCGUGGGGACAGAUAAAACCCGAGGCGAGGAGCGGCUCCAGAGUCUAACCCUCCCAGGUCCAGAGAGCUUCGGGGACUCGUCCGGGCCACAAAGCGAGGCCUUCACAGUCGUGGCCCUGCUGUCUGUGAGCCCGGGCCCCAUGUGGCAGCACCCCACGUGCUUGUCCCCUCCGCCUCUUUCCCUUCCCGGGACGCCACCAGUGAAUGCCGCCCAUGCCGGCAGGUCGAGCACCGAGCUGCGCAAGGAGAAGUCCCGGGAUGCGGCCCGCAGCCGGCGCAGCCAGGAGACCGAGGUGCUGUACCAGCUGGCGCACACGCUGCCCUUCGCGCGCGGGGUCAGCGCCCACCUGGACAAGGCCUCCAUCAUGCGCCUCACCAUCAGCUACCUGCGCAUGCACCGCCUCUGCGCCGCAGGGGAGUGGAACCAGGUGGCAGCAGGGGGCGGACCGCUGGAUGCCUGCUACCUGAAGGCCCUGGAGGGUUUCGUCAUGGUGCUCACCGCCGAGGGAGACAUGGCUUACCUGUCGGAGAAUGUCAGCAAACACUUGGGCCUCAGUCAGCUGGAGCUCAUCGGACACAGCAUCUUUGAUUUCAUCCAUCCCUGUGACCAAGAGGAGCUGCAGGACGCCCUGACCCCACGGCACAGCCUCUCCAAAAAGAAGCCGGAGGCCCCCACGGAGCGGUGCUUCUCCUUGCGCAUGAAGAGCACCCUCACCAGCCGCGGGCGCACCCUCAACCUCAAAGCGGCCACCUGGAAGGUGCUACACUGCUCUGGACACAUGAGGGCCUACAAGCCCCCUGCACAGACUUCUCCAGCUGGGAGCCCCACCCUGGAGCCCCCCUUGCAAUGCCUGGUGCUCAUCUGUGAAGCCAUCCCUCACCCGGGCAGCCUGGAGCCCCCGCUGGGCCGGGGGGCCUUCCUCAGCCGCCACAGCCUGGACAUGAAGUUCACCUACUGCGACGAGAGGAUCGCGGAGGUUGCCGGCUACAGCCCCGAUGACCUGAUUGGCUGUUCCGCCUACGAGUACAUCCAUGCGCUGGACUCCGACGCAGUGGGUCAGAGCAUCCACACCCUGCUGAGCAAGGGCCAGGCAGUGACGGGGCAGUAUCGCUUCCUGGCCCGGAGUGGUGGCUACCUGUGGACCCAGACCCAGGCCACAGUGGUGUCGGGGGGCCGGGGCCCCCAGUCGGAGAGUAUUGUCUGUGUCCACUUCCUGAUCAGCCGGGUGGAAGAGACCGAAGUGGUGCUGUCUUUGGAGCAAACGGAGCGACACUCUCGCAGACCCGUUCAGCGGGGUAUCCCCUCUCAGGACGGCCCUAAUCUUGGGGACAGCCUUGACGCCUCUGGUCCCCGGAUCCUGGCCUUCCUGCACCCCCCUUCCCUGAGCGAGGCCGCCCUGGCCGCCGACCCCCGCCGUUUCUGUAGCCCUGACCUCUGUCGCCUCCUGGCACCGAUCCUGGAUGGGACUUCAGCUGCCGCCACCCCCAGCGCACCCCCGGCCGCACGGCGCCCCCAGAGCCCUCUUCCAGCUGAUCUCCCAGAUGAACUACUUGUGGAUGUGGAGAAUGCACACAAAGUCUUUGCCUCCGGGAAAGACCUUGAGGCAGUGGAGACAGAUCUGGAUAUAGCUCAGGGCCCUGGCCCAGAGCUCAGAGGACGAGGCCGAGGGGAUGGAGCUGCUGGGAGUGAGACCCCCAAAACGAUCCCCCAGCCCAGAUCCCGAAAACUUCCUGCUGCCUCCCCUCAGCCUGAGUUUCCUUCUGACAGGAGGACCGGCCCCAGGGAGCCAGCAGGACCCCAGCACCCAUCUCCUGGAGCUGAAUGAGCCCCUGGGUGAGUAGCAAUCUGGGUUUCCAGAGGCUCUGGUCCCUCUCUCCCCUGGGAGGUACCUCGGAUGGUUGAGAGAGGAGUGGAACAAUCCUGAAGGUGGUGGGGGAUUGUCAGUGCCCGGAGGUGACCUUGGUGGGAAGAGGCUGCCCGUCUCUCCUCUCAGGGGCACUGUAGUGGAAAAGAGAGACUCCAAGGGAGGCAGGGGCUAGCCAAAGCUGCCCCUUGGGGUGGAAGCCAAGCCUUGGCAUCUGAUUGCGCUCUGGAGCCUGAACCAAUUGGGAGUCAGUCCUGCCAGGGUCAUUCCCAGCUGCGUGGCUUAGCCAGCUAGCUUCUGCUUCUGGAGCCUCAGUUUCCCCCUCUGUCGACUGGGGCCUGGGUAAUAGCUCUUACCUUAAGGAGAUGUUUUGAGGACUCAUGGAGAUGCUGCACAGGCAGAGCUUAGCUUAAGAUGUGGCUUGUCAUAAACAACCAAUGUCCGUGCUUGUGGCGAUGUCGGUUCCACGGCCCCUCCAGAGGGCGCGAGGCAAGUGGCCGUGCUUGUUGGCGUUCUUCUCAUCAUCUGCAGCACAGCUGUCCGUAGCCAUAGCUCCCCUUGAAACCUCCAGGCGUCAACCAGAGGGGUCUCUCCAAAGCUCAAAUCUGACCCUGGUCUUCGUCUGCUCAAAACUCUGCCAUGGCUCCCUAGGGCCCUUCGGAGAAAGAUCAAGCUCCUCACCUUGGACUCAAGUCUCUGCAGGGCCUGACCACUGCCUUAUCUCAGAUCACACGGCUUCACACCCUGUUUCAGCCACAGUCACUGCCUUUUGAUUCAUUCUUUCCUUCAUCCGUGUAGCAAAUAUGUAUUGAACACGCAGUGAGUGCCAGGCACGGAGCUAGGAGCUGGAGACACAACUGUGAACAAAACAUAGAAAUCCUCGCCCUCGUGAAGCUGACAUUUUAGCGAGGGAGACAGGCCGGAACAGAGAAACGAACAAAAUAAAGAGUGCCAGAGAGGAAAAUCAGUGCUGCCAGGGGGAAAAUAAUGUGUGCAAAGGAAAAAGGAGCUCUGGGAUUGGGGAUUUCAGUUUUAAAGAGUAUGACCAGGGGUGGUUUCAUUGAAAAGGUGACAUUUGAGCAAAGACCGGAAGGAAGUGGGGGAGUGAGUCGUGACAGUUUUUGGGGGAAGAGCAUACCAGGCAGAGGGAACAGCGAGUUCAGAGGUCCUGAGGUGGGAGCAUAUCUGUCUUAUUUUGGGGAAAAACAAGGCCAGUGUGGCUGAAGCAGAGAGAAGAGGGGUGAGAGGUGAGGGGCAGACUGCAUAGGGCCUCUGUAGGGCAUUGUGGUGAUUUCAAAGUCAUCUUGCUUGAGGAGGCUCCCUCAGGACCUUUGCAUAUGCUGAUCCCUCUGCCUGGAAUGCUUUUCCCUCUAUUCUUUGCCUAAUUACUGCAUCCUUUAGAUCUCAGAUCAAAUACUACUCCUUCCUUGAAGCCCUCCCUAACUUCCUAAGCUGCUGGCUCAUAACACUCAUCACAGUCCAUAUUCACAUACGUAUUUGUGUCACUGGCUCAAGACAGAUUUUGGCCGUCUUCUCCCUGUGGGUGUGAGCCCUGUGAGGGCAGGGGCCAGGCCUGUCUUGGUCACGGCUGUCCUCUACUGUGAGGCUGGGCACAGUGCAGGUCCUCAGUACAUAUUUGUAAAUGAAGAGCUAACAUUUAUCUAGUACUUACUCUGUGCCAAGCUUUGUGUCAAAUGUGUUAUGUCCGUGACCUAACUGAUCCCGUCACUGGAAGGUCAGCCCCACGAGGGCAGGGAGUCUCAUCUGUCCCGUUCACUGCCGUGUCCCCAGUGCCUGGCACACAGAAUGCGUGAAUUCUCAUAAAUGAGGUGGGUAUAAGUACCCCUGUUUUCCAGCUCAUGUACUGAGCGCUCACAGUACCAGUUAUUGUUCAAAGUACUCUACAUGGAUUCCCUCAUCGACUCCACAUAACAGCCCUGGGAGGGAGGUACUGUUGUUAGCCCAUUUUACAGGUGAGGUCACCAAGGCACAGAGAGGUGAAGUCACCUGCCCCAGGUUACACAGCAAGUAAAUAGCAGAGCCUGGAUUCCAACUCAGGCAGCAUCUGCUCCAGGAUUCUUACCUCUUGCCUUAAACACCCUGGACACCUGAGGUGCAGAGAACAGAACUCGCCUGGGAUUUCACUGCUAUUUGAAUCCCGGCCUGCUGGCCUCACCACCCCCGCUUUUAACUGUCAGGAAGGGAAGACAAGUUGGGGUGAUCGUUCUCCCCUGGUUUACCUUCCAUCUCCCCCCACAGGCCUGGGCCCCUCUCUGCUCUCUCUCUACCAGGAUGAGGACACCGCCCAGCCCAGGAGCCACUUCCAGCCAGCGGCAGGUUUGGCCCAGGCCGACUGAGCCAGCCCCUCCUCCCAUCGCCCUCCUCCUCCCCAGAAAGGACCUCAACCACACUCCAAGCCGGCAGCCAACGCACAGGAUGGGGGCGCCAGGAGGGGGCUGCCCUCUCUGCUCUCAGUGGCCCUCGCCCGCCUCGGGCCUACCUCAGCCCCCACCCCUCUGCCCCCGCCCGUCUGGGGGCUCUCUGGGGUGGUCUCAGCUCAGUGACCUCUGGGAGGGGGUCCCUGGCCUCCUCCUUCUGCUCUCAGGACGUCCCUUGGGGUUCUCCGUACUGGUUACCUCAUCCCUUUCUCCAGCUCUCUUGGCUUUACUUUGGGUAAUUAGGGAUGGGGGAGGUUGGGGUUCAGAUCUGUGUUUCUGGGCUCUGGGGAGUACUGACAACCAUAAUCACAUUUCUUUCCAUCCAUCUUUCUUUUACUAUUAUUUUUAUUUUUGUUGUGUUCAUGAUAAGUUUUUCAUUGCUAUGAAUUGCCUAGGGUCCAUAAGAACGUGGUGCUCUGAUCUUCCCCUGCCCUCAGGUGUCAAUGGUGGGGGGCCUCUGGGCUAGACCGCACCCCCAGCGACUUCUCAUUGAGCCCUCAGCCUCCCAAGCAACUACCCAGCUCUGCCUACCUGCUCCGCUCUGGACUUCUGCUUCCCCUAGCCUCGCCUGGACACUGACUUCAUUCGUGGUCUUCCUGUUCCAGGUGUAGCCUCCAACCUCCUCUUCUUCCAGACCACACGACCCCCAACCUUCUCCAGUUCUAGACCACACAACUUCUGACCCUCUCCGGUUCUAGACCACACGACCCCCAACCUUCUCCAGUUCUAGACCACACAACUUCUGACCCUCUCCGGUUCUAGACCACAUGACCUCCAACCCCCUCUGGUUCUAGACUCUGCUUCUGACCACCUCUGGUUCUAGACCUGAGGACCUCCAGCCUUUUCUUGUUCUAGACCAUACAAUUUCUGGCCCCCCUCUGGUUCUAGAGUACACUGCUUGAGACCUUCUCUGGUUCUAGACCAUGCAACCUCCAGUCUUCUCUGGCUCUAGACUGCACAGCCUCCAAUGUGGUCUGUUUUAGACAUUGCAUCCUCUAAACUCCUCUGAUUCCAGAUCUUUCAAUCUUCAGCUCUCUCCUGUUCCAGACCUUUCAACUCCCUCAGGUUCCAGAGCCUACAAGCACGAGAGUCCUCUGGUUCUAGAACUUACUCUCUGGCUUUCUCUGGUUCUAGACCUCUCCCUGUAAAUCUCCCUUGUGCUAGAUGUCACGUGCUCCAACUCCUGCUGAUUCCAGAUCUUACCACCAACGAUCUCCUCUGAUUCUGCACCCCACAACCCCAAGCUUUGUGUUGGUUCUAGUCUUCCUGAUGUGUAAUACAUUUUUUUCUAUAUUCAGACUUCCUAAUUUCUAAAUAAUUUGGUUCUAAACCUCAUCAUGCCCAGCUCGUUCCUUUUCAGCGUGCCACACUCAAGCUUGCUUUUCCCAUCAAAAAGAAGUAAAAUGAGUUUUAUGUCUUGAUCUGAUAACCAGUGUUUCCAGAACCAGAUACCAUGCUCCAGUUCUCUUUUGCUUUAGACUUCAUGACCUCUACCAUUCACUGGUUCUAGACUACAUAACCGUUAGACCUUGCAAUUUCUAGGACCCUCUGAUUCCAGAUCUGAUGUUCUCCUUUUUUUCCUCUGGUUAUAGAACUUGGCCUCAAAUGUCUUCUGAUCCCAUACCUCAUCCUAUAAAUUCCUUUGGUUCUAAACCUCACAAUCUUCAAUUCCCCCUCACUCCAGAUCUUGACUCCAAAUUACCCUGGGUCUAGAACUCAGCCUUCAAACACCUUCUGAUUAUAGACUUUGCCUUAUAAAUUUCUCUGGUUCUAGACCUUACAACUUCCAACUCCUGAUUCUAGAUCUUACAACUCCAAAAUCCCUCUGGUUCUAGAACUUGGCUUCACUUUUUCAAACUCUAGUCCUUACUCUAUAGAUUCCUCUGGUUCUAGACCUCACAGCCUCCAGCUGCCUCUGAUUUCAGAUCCAAAUUCUUUUGGUUCUAGAAUGCACCCUCCAAAUGCUUCCGAUUCUAGAAUCUGGACCUCGUCCUGUAGAUUCCUCAGGUUCCAAAUCUUAUGACCUCUGACUCCCUGAUUCCGGACCCCCCCCUCCUAACUCUAUUCUGGGCUUCUCACCCUACUCCCCUCGCCCCAAUUCCUACUCUCUGUCUUAAGUCUUCCCAUUUGAAAUCCCUGCCCUCCCGGUUCCUUUGCUAAUGGACUUCAUGCUCAAGCCUCUCUAUUCUCAAUCUUACAUCCCUAACAUUUCUCUGUCCUAGAACCACCCCCAUCUCAGCCCUCCAGAUGUGCACUUACCUUUACUUUACCCCAGGUAUCUGGGGACCUGGGGCUCCCUUGCAAUCCAGGAGACUUCCCCAGCCGCACAGGUACACGCACAGCCCUAUAUGCAUAUCAUGGGGUGGGAGAGAGGCCAGGACUCCUCAGUACCCUGCCACCACCUAUGAGUCCCCCUUACCCCCCAACCCUCUUUCUACGAUGGUGCUACUCUUGGUCUCCCACGGAAAAGGCCUCCCUCUCUCAGCCCAAUUCACCCCCUUUCUGGAAGGCACGUCUCACUCUGUUUCGUCAGGGGAUGGCCUGUCCAGAUUGGUGCUAUGGGGGGAGAAGGGUCUGACCCCUCCCUCCCUCAGGGGGUCACCUGAGCCCUCAGUGGAGGGAACUGUGCUAGGCUGGGGGAGGGGAAGGGACUGGAUCAGCCACGCUGGCUCUGAAACCCACUAAUCUCUGUACCACCAUAAAGACCUCGCCUUGGUGGGCACCAGA